UCUAUAUCUUGUUUUUAAUAAAAGAACUUACUAUGAAUAAAAACGAAGUAGCUAAAGUUGUUAUAGUUGGUGGUGGAUUGGUUGGAGCAUUAAAUGCUUGUUUUAUGGCCAAAAGGGGCUAUGAUGUUUACAUUUUUGAAAAAAGAGAAGAUAUCAGAAAAGCCGAUGAAGCCCAAGGAAAGUCAAUAAAUCUAGCACUUUCUCAUCGAGGAAGGAAAGCAUUAAAAUUUAUUGGUUUGGAAGAAGAAAUAUUAAAUAACGCUGUACCAAUGAAAGGAAGAUUAUUACAUGAUUUAAACGGAUAUAAAAAAUCAGUUCCUUAUGAUCCUGUUUUUAAAAAGUGCAUUUAUUCAAUAGGAAGAAACUUUUUAAAUGGAAAACUUCUAGAAGCUGCUGAAAAAUAUCGAAAUGUAAAAAUAUACUUUAAAUACAAGUUAAUAAACAUUGGUUUAUCUGAAGGACGAGUUUCAUUUUUAAAUGUGGAGAAAAAUGAAACCGUAGAAUUUCAAGCAGAUUUAAUUAUUGGAGCAGACGGGGCUUUUAGUAAAAUUCGCAGAUUUAUGGAAACAACUCCUUUAUUCGAAUACAGUCAAACUUAUAUCGAACACGGUUAUUUAGAACUUUGUAUUCCUAAAGAACAAAGUCAUCUAAUGAAGUCAAAUCACCUUCAUAUUUGGCCUAGGGGUGAAUUUAUGAUGAUAGCAUUACCAAAUAAGGAUAAUUCUUGGACAGUAACAUUAUUUAUGCCUUUUAAAAUGUUUGAAUCUAUUAAAACUGAAGCUGAUCUUUUAAACUUUUUUAGCAAAACAUUUAGUGAUUCCAUUGAAUUAAUUGGAUCAAAAGAAUUAAUAACAGACUACUUUAAAAAAAAACCUUCUUCGUUAAUUUCUGUAAAAUGUAGUCCUUAUCAUUAUAAAAAUAAAUUUCUAUUACUAGGCGAUGCUGCGCAUGCUAUUGUACCGUUUUAUGGUCAAGGUAUGAAUGCUGGAUUUGAAGAUUGUACUAUACUGGACAAUAUUCUUAACGAAAAUAAAGAUAAUUUUAAAUUAUCUUUACAAAAUUACAGUAUAAAAAGAAAAGCAAAUACUUAUGCUAUUAGUGAUUUAGCUAUGUAUAACUAUGUUGAAAUGAGGGAUUUGGUUACAAGGCCUUCUUACUCCUUAAGAAAUUUAUUAGAUAGUUUGCUAUUCAGAUUUUUUUGUAACACUUGGAUUCCUUUAUAUAAUUCUGUAAGUUUUAGUGAAAUGGAUUAUUUAAAAUGUGUAGAAAAUCGAAAAUGGCAGGAUAAGGUUAUUCAGGUAGUUAUUGCUGUAUUGGGAAUUAUCCUUGGAAUAUUUUUGUAUUACUACUUGCUAUAAUAUAUGUUUUGGUAAUAGGAGUUAUAAUAGAAAUAUA